AUGACGGAUAGAAAUACAAAAAGUGCCAACAAAGCAGCUGCUUGUGAUAAGGAGGGCAUAAACGUAGAUAUUAAACAGCAGAUUGACGCUAUCAAAACGAAUAUUGAUGAAGGUGAUGGUAAACUUUCGAGAAUAGAUGCUUCUAGGUCAAAGCUAUGUGAUGAAACAGCGGUUUUGAAGCGUGAAAUGAACAGAUCUUCUUUUUCGAAAGUUGUCAAAUCUGAAGUUGGUAGAAGUGUGCAAGCAAUCAAUGAUGAUGUGAAAAGUGUUCAAAUAACGCUGAACAAAAUUGUCGAGGCAAAGGAGGGGGAAGCCAACAUGAUACUGUUCGGAUUGAAGAAAGAUGGAUGGAUUUUUGAUGGUUUGGAUGUCAUGGUGCUGACAGAAACUUGGCAUGGAUUGGCUGGCAAUUUUGCAAUUGGUUUGGCAAAGUCGCCUGGGUUUCAGUUUGUUGAUUAUAUUAGAGAGCAUGAUCCGGGUCAUGGUGGUUUGAUAGUUUACUUUCGCAAAGAGAAUUCAAAUAUAAAAAGUUAA